AUGCUUCUCGAUAACAGCAUCAACAUCGGCGAUGCUAGCUUUGCCGGAACCCUCACGACAGUCAGUGGAACUGUCCGUUUGGAGGGCAGCUUCGUGACAAAGAUUGACGUCAAGGUCCUGGUAACGCAAAAGCCUAGCGAGCAGCCCAAGGACAUUGAAGGCUCUCCAGAGGAGCUUGUCGGUUUCACUCCAUAUGCGGGGCAGGAUGUGGGAGACGUCAAGAAGGGCCAGGAUGCCGCCCAGAUCUCAAUGCAUGCUCUGGACCCAGAGACCAAGAAGACCCUCCUGCCUCAACUCGAUGAGUUGAGCGAAGAGAUGAAGCAGCUUCUCAAAGACAACCCGGAUUUCUUCCGUCGUGACGAUGCUUUGGCAAAGUACUGGGGUGUCCGGAACUCGGCAAACGAGAAGGAGACUGACAAGCUCCGUGGACAGUAUCUCGACGCCACCACGAGGUGCUACAAUGCAGGAUUCCUUCACAAAUGCGAGCGAUUGAAGAUAUACUGCAAAGAUGGCAGGACGGCGACCUAUUGGUUCAAACUUCCUGAAGCCUAUCUCAUGUCGGAUGAGAAAGUUGACGAGAUGAGAUAUAACUCCAUCCACCAACGUGUCAGCAAGGAUGCUAUCACAAUUCAAUCGGAGAUUCUCCAUUGGGGUCAAAAGAUGACCUUGCUGAGAAACUCAGUGGAGGAUGUUCGCGCCCUCGCCGCGGCUUUCGCUUCCAGAAUUAGCUCCGACUCCAGCGAGAUUGGAGAUUGGUACAACCGCCGACAAGCAUUGACGGGACCGCCUGGCAUUAACCAGACCGGCGCCUUCCGCCCGACCUUCGCCCACAUCAUCCAAGAGAUGCAGGACGAGGAAUUCAACUUGCUUCUCGAGAAAGAUGCCGAUAGGAUCCUCGCCAUGGGUCCGCAGGAAAUCGCAGACCGUUGGGGAUUUCAGGCAAUGAUGGCGGCGGAACUGGAGACCGAAUAUCUUCUGAUGAGUGGCGGUCAAAAUCCCCUGCCCGCUCCCAAACCUCCGUUCAAAGAGCGUAUGAAGACCGGAGCGCAGUGGGUGUGGCAAAAAGCCAAGGACAAGGGAAAGAAUCCCAAGUUCUGGGCCAACAUGGUCAAAUCUCUGCUUCACUAUGCUUCUGCCAUCUUCAUGGUCUAUCAGCUGAAGACGAACUGGGGAAAUAUGAAGGCUGCCGAGAUUGGGAUGAUCAUCUCAUACUUUACUGCGUUUGGGCUUGCUAUGCUGGGUGACGCUGCCAAGUCCACUUUUCGGUUCAUUUGGGUGAGGAUAAAUCCUGGCUGGUGGAAGUCGAAGAUAGGGAGCGUCGUUGGAUGGCUAUCGAAUGCAGCUAUUGAGGGAGGGGCUUCUGGAUGGGCUCGUUUCGGUUACGCUCUCGUGGGAAACUUGAAGAACACUCUGCGUAUAGUCGGGUUGGUUGGUCUCUGCUUCUCACUCGUAACGUGCUACGAUGAGAUGAACAAGACCCGCGACGGACUGGAAACGAACGACGAACAGAAGCGUCUGAUCUUCGCAACUAUUCAAUUCGUGCUGACUCUCAUCGAAGCAGUCAUAGUCACUUUCGAAAUCGUUUUCGAAAUGCUGGGAAUGGUGACUGCUGGCGUGUUCUGUGGAGCGCUAGGCGCAAUUCUCGGGACGCUAGGCUUCUUCGUUGCCGUGAUGUACAUCCUUCUUGCGAUGCCGAAUCCGGAUGACGAAGCAAAGAAAUUCCUAAGGGCGUUUGCUAAACCGAUUGGGAGUUAUGAUGAGAAUCAAUCAGCCGACCCGGCGGACGAGCCUGGAGUGCAGUUGACGCCACCGGAAAAGAAAAAUCACGGGCGGUGGCCGCCGACGUUCCCCCAUAUCACGACCGCCUUCGCAAGCUGGUGCCUCAUCUUGGCGAGCACGUUCAGAUUCGCACGUGACGAAGCCAUCUUUGGUCCCUCUCCCGGCGGCAGGCAGAAGUACUCCAACUCAUGA